ACGUCAGCAUGUCUGUCAAAAUUUGACAGCCUAGUUUUUUGAUUUUAACAGAAUUAAAAUUCAAAAUUCUCCGAAAUGACCGACGAUUUCUUGCUGGAUUCGAAAAUCAGGCUGUGGGUCUUCUUGCCCAUAGUCUUGCUGACAUUUUUUAUAGAAAUCCUGCGAUACUAUGUGAUUGCGUUAGGUAUUAAUGAUGAAGUUCGUACUCUAGAGGAGAUCCAAGACAGUGAGGCUAAUAAGCGAAUCAGAUUACUACUAAAAAACCACCAGUAUAUCACAAAAUCAGCCUUUGAGGUUAGAAAAAGAGCUUUCAACCCAGAAACCGGAUUUCUAAAUAAACCACCACAGCAAGAACAUGUUAAUCCUCUAGAACUACAACAUCCUGAAAAAAUUCUUAACACAAUCAAGGACCACUUUACAAAUCAUCUUCCAAUGAUUAUUGCUGGAGCAUGGGUGUCUUAUACAUUUAGUGGAUUUAUAUGCACUAAGAUUCCCUUUCCGCUAACAUUCUCAUUUAAAUGGAUGUUACAACAAAAUAUUGAACUGCAGUACCUGAAUCCUUCAUGGGUAUCGUCCUGCUCAUGGUACCUAUUGAACAUAUUUGGAUUAAGAAACUUCCUCAAUAUAUUUUUUGAAGAUCCACCGAUUUCUGACAUGGACGUUUUUGCAGAAGAACAAGUCAGUUGUAAAGAGGAUUAUAAUUCAUUGCAGAUUAUAAAACACAAAUUUUGUUUGUUUGAACAUUGUUAAAUAGAGUAAGUUUCACAUAUAAAAAUCAAUAAGACUUACCUGUUCUUUGUAUAGUGUCCAGAAUAAUUAUUAUUGUUAACAUUAUUAUUAUUGUGAUUUCUGUAAUUGUUAUUAAAGGGAUAUUUGAAGUUUC